AGCCAGCAGCAGCCUCGUCUGGAACACCAGGAACCUCGGCAGAGGGGACAGAGCUUGAGAGCGCUGCCACUUGGGACCCACGAGCUGAAAUAGAGAAGGCUGUCAUCUUUGCUUUAUUUUGAAAGGACGUGAACAAACGAGAAGGCAGAAGCAGCCCUGUGCUUGGCUGUGGCUGUGCGAGCAGCCCUGCUCCCGUGCCCCGGCGCGGAGCGCACAUGCCACAGCUCCUCUCUUAUGUUACUGCUCAAGUAUGCACCCAGCACAGAGCCAGCAGAUACUGCAGGAGAUUUAUUCUAGCUCUUGAGGUCAAGGACUCCUCUGCUUUGGAUUCAGCAGAGAGGGAACUCUUUCCUCGUAGCACCAGACAGGCUUUCUGCUUUGCAGCCUCCUGUCAGUGCGCGCCGCAGAUAAAGAAACAUCUGAGAGCGUUUUUAAAGGGUUUAUCCAUCCAAAGCACUGCUGAGCUAUGUGCUGUCUCCAGUGUCAGAGUUAGGACGCUUUCAACAAGGGACAAUAUUUGCACAAAGUGCAAGCCAGAGGCUCCAGCUGCUGCAAACUUUUGCAAGCCAUAAACCUGUGGAUUCCAAUUUCCUUGAAUGCUGUAAAUUACUCUGACAGAAUGGACAGCUCCAACAAAAAACGCACACAAAUUUUCUGAGAAGACAGCAAAGGAACUAGAAAAAACAGCUUGACUUGUAGGUUCUCACCUGACCCAUGACUGACUCUCUGCUAAUGCAACACUAAAUUUAAGACACCUUUGUAUAUCAGAUCUGAGGAUGUUUGUGCUGCUGUACAUUACAAGUUUUGCCAUCUACACAAGUGAACAACCUCUUCAAAGCCAGAGCAAAGGAGAAAAUUACUACACCAGAUAUAUCUGCAGCAUCCCAGGUUUGCCAGGCCCUGCUGGCCCCCCUGGAGCCAGUGGAACCCCAGGGCCACAUGGACGCAUUGGUCUUCCAGGAAGAGAUGGUAGAGAUGGCAGGAAGGGAGAAAAAGGUGAAAAAGGGAGUGCAGGUUUAAGAGGAAAGACUGGGCCAUUAGGACCAGCUGGAGAGAAGGGAGACCAAGGUGAGUCUGGUAAGAAAGGACCUGGAGGAUUGACUGGUGCCAAAGGUGACGUAGGUCCAGCUGGACCACCUGGACCUAAGGGAGAUAAAGGAGACCGAGGAGAGCCAGGAGCACCAGGGGUCUGCAAGUGUGGAAAGAUCGUACUGAAAUCUGCCUUUUCUGUCGGCAUCACCACGAGCUACCCAGAGGAAAGACUACCAAUUGUGUUCAAUAAAGUCCUCUUCAACGAGGGGGAGCAUUACAACCCAUCCACAGGGAAGUUCAUUUGUGCCAUCCCCGGGAUUUAUUAUUUUUCUUAUGACAUCACCUUAGCAAACAAGCACCUUGCCAUCGGGCUGGUUCACAAUGGCAAGUACCGCAUCAAGACUUUCGACGCCAACACCGGCAACCAUGACGUCGCUUCUGGAUCCACGGUGAUCUACCUUCAGCCAGAGGAUGAAGUAUGGCUUGAAAUCUUCUACACUGACCAAAAUGGUCUCUUUUCUGAUCCAAUGUGGGCAGACAGCUUGUUUUCUGGAUUUCUCCUAUAUGUUGAUACGGAUUACCUUGAUGCUUUAUCAGAUGAAGAUGAGCUCUGAAGCAGAUGGCAAAUGACAUUCAAACUGGAGGACCCAGCAAAGGAUUUUAUUAAUCUGUGUGGGGGAAAACAAAGUUGAAAUGAAAAAAAACAUCCCUGGGAGUUCAUUCUUGUUUUGAUUGGAGCCAAACCUGAGUUCAUAAGGAUGUUUCUAGAAUCUAGGAAGGAUUUUUUAACAAACAGCAGGGAUAUCAAAAUGAACUGUAAUUAACAUAAGACUGCAUCACUCCAGGACAGACUCUUCCCUAAAAUUACAUUUAUAAUACUAUUUAAACAAAUUUAAGAUACUGUACAUUGGAUUUUAUAUAAAAUGUAUUAAUUUGCAAUUUAGAAUGGCUAUUUUGUAUAUUACAUUAAAGUAAAAUUGAACAAUUCACUGCAAUCUUGGUCAUUUUAAGACAGGCAAUACACUAAAAACAGAUGGGAGAGGAAUAAAAUAAGAAUGACAGUUUCAGGAUGCCACUGCACAGGUCACAAGAACAGUCCCAUCUGAUAUUUGCACCAAUAAAUAUCACUCAUAGGUAACCAACCUCACAGUAAGUACAGGAAGAUUUGUACUAGCUGAGGACUACUCAACAGCAGUCAUAAAAGUCUAGAACAAAGCUAUCAAGCAUAUAAAGAAAUUGAAAGCUGAAAGAUCUGGAAACUUGGAGAGAGUCAGUAUUCAGAGGGUAUUUUCAGUGUAAUUCCAAGUGUCUUUGCUAUUCUUUAAAUGCUAUCAUCUUUAUGAGAAAUGUGGAAAAAAACUUUAAACUUUUUGCUGAAGAUAAUUGUGGAUGUCCAAAAGUGACAGGUCAGUAAUCACUAAUCAGAGUAAAUUAUAUGAAAUGGAGUGAGUCAGACCAUUAAAGCAGAAGUUAUGUUUCAACAUGGCCAAACGCAAUGAAACAAAUUAAUGUCACACACAGGAUGAAAAUCUGCAUUCAGCAAAUCAAUGAACUUGGAAAAGGUACAUGGGACCUCAUGGAUAUCAGCCAAAUAGAAGUUAUAAAAGUAGGCUGUCACUACCACCCUUUGGAUGUAUGAUAAAUGGAAUUAAAAAUAGAGAUGAAUAGUGGUUACAUAGGAAGAAAUUACUUCUGUCAGUGUCUCAAAAACUUGAAAGUUGAAAAAAAAAAGUUUAUACUUCUAUUCAUGGUGCUUACACAAGACAUGCAACAAGGUCAAUUUCCUUUUCUUGUCAACGAGGUUAAGAGGUGAUUUAAUCACCAUCUGCACCCAUCUGGAGAUAAAUAUCUGGUAGUACCUGGCACUUCCCUCUAUCAAAUAGGAGCACAGCAAGGUCCAUUGGUGAGAAACCAUAUCAAUCCUCACUGGAAAUGAGGAAUCCAUUCUACCAGUGGCAGCAACAAUCAUUGUAAAAAUACGUAGGAACAUCACGAGUUCUCCAGCAUUCAACACCAGUCAAGACUGGCAAUCUUCCAUUGGGUUGUCUUACUUUCCAACAAUUUACAAUCUUUUAUUCAUCCCAGAUUUACAGAGACCUGCGAUUUCUAACAGUUAUUCAGAUCACAUUAAAUGUUAGCGGUCUGUGUUGCACAACUCUUGAACCCACUUUAGUUAUGACCAAGGCAGACAGAAAUUUCUAGGUUGUUACUGUGUAUUUGAUGGAUUAAGAAAGUUACAACAGAUUAAGAAAGUUACAAGCAGACAAAAUGACACAGAGAUGCUGCUGAGGCUGCAGAACCAGCAGGAAGGUUAUGUACGGAACAUCAGCCUGUGCACUCUGUACCCGUGCCCUCACUUCUCCCACAUCAGCAUUCAUGGCUGUGAGUGCAGGGCUGCUGCUUUAUGCAGUGAACAGGGGCACAAAUCAAACUGGCAAUGCUUGUACAACCAUUAUUUUAUUUGACAGUGAGAGAUGUCUGAUAGAAGACAAUAGUAGAUUAUUUUUCUAACCAGACACCUAAUUUAUUAGUGUCACACAAGGGCUGCUUUCUGUGAAAAAUAUGGAAAAUAACACUUGGAGAUUCAGUUUAUCACCCUGCUGUACAAUCAUUUAUACAUCUGCAAAUUAAGGACAAUAUGAGUGCAAAAUGCAGUCCAAUCAUAAUUUACAACUAUGAUUGAUGGUGAUGUCUCACAGCCAUCAUUGCCUAUCUGAGGCACAAAGACCACCAGCAUUGCCCAGUGCUGCCUGCACUGAAUCCCACAGGACAAAAUAAGGAUCACAUCCAGCCCAUGACUUCCAGGAAGCAUAAUUCAAUAGAUGCAGGACGGGACCCAGAAUAUAUUUAUCAUACAGAAAAAGCAACUAAAAUUAGUUUUAAUUAGAUUAUUAUCUUAUAAAAUAUGGAAACAGGUUUAUGACAUUCAAAUCAGUAUAAAGUUUAUGUUAGGAGUAACAUAUUAGUUUUACUAGAAUUAGAAAAUCUGAUAAGCCCAGCCUUAAGGAAAGAGUAUGACUGAUUUUCUCCAGACUCCACAGGAAUGUAUUGUAGUUAUAACACAUCUGGAAAUUUUCAGACAAAACUAAUUUUUCUCAAUUAAACAGAGAUAAUAUACAGCUUCAUAGUGAAGUUGUUGCAAUCCUAACUAUAAGUAAAGUGCUCCCAUGUAAAAAUCUGUAAAAACGAAUCCAAUAUAAAAGAGGUAUUUCAACCACACCCAUGUUGAAAAGGACACCAUGGGAAUAAAUAAACCAAGAGUUACUGCUUUCCUUUUCUUAGCAAUUUUACAUUUAUGUUUGUACAAUUACAGAAAAGUAACGUUAAUUUCCCAAAGUUUUCCCAUUUGGAUUCUACACUUUUUUGAACAGUUUAAUAUUUUGGCAUGAAGAGUUAAAAAUAAGUCAUUCUGUUGGAUUAUUUCUAUAGAUUUUGGCAAGAAUAAUACUUCUACUACACAUAUGGACAACAUAUGUAUACAAGUACCAUGUAUCCCUGCCCUCAUCAAGGGUCUCAAGACGUUAUCCUAAACUAAAUCAUUGCUAUUGCUUGUAUAUUAUUUGAAAAUAUAUCAGUUUUGAUGACAUGAUACUGCAUUUGGGUAUUUAUCUGUCUAAAUUUGAAUUUAUAUGGAAAAUAUCUUGGGCUGAUGUUUUCCCACAAUUCACACCAAUACAUGGGGAGGUCUGGUUGGUUUCAAAACACUGUAGUAGCAAAAGAGCAAAAUUUCUUCAUGAUCAAAUUUGAAAUUAAUCAAUGAUUUCUACACAAUAUAUUGGUCAUUCUACACAUACCAUAAUGACAUAAAAUAAAAUUAGGCAUCCAGACCAAAUUAGUCAUCUAGUCUCUGCCUGCAGUCCACAGAGAGAAAUAAGUGUCACCAGGAGGAACUGCCAGGAGGAAUCAUGUUUUUACUGCAGCACCAACUCUUGGCCUUCCUGAUCAAGGCUGCAAGAACUUGUACGAUACAAACCUCAAACCACCAGGAAACCAUCAAACAAUAUUAAGAACAUCAGUAUUCCUGAGAUUCUUAGGUAAAAAGUAUAUAUAU